AUGGACGAGUAUGAAGAAGAAAAACGAAAACCGAUCCCAUCGAUUGGUUUCUAUCCUCAUGAACCGAUAAGCACAGGGACAACCUUAAUUGCAAUGGAGUUCAGAGGUGGUGUCGUCGUUGGCACUGAUUCUCGUACAAGCGCAGGCUCAUUUAUUGUAUCACGAGCUACGGACAAAAUUACGCCAGUGACUGACCAUCUGGUGGUAUGUCGUUCAGGCUCAGCGGCAGAUACUCAAGCUAUUGCUGACAUUGUAAAGUACUACCUCGAAGUAUACACGAUGAUGGAGAAUGAAGAAGUAAGUGUAUGGCGUGCAACCCAAAUAUUUAGAAACUUUCUUCACAAAUAUAGAGAUCGGUUAACUGCUUCAGUAAUUGUGGCUGGUUAUGAUGAUGACGAAGGAGGACAAUUGUAUGCUAUCCCACUAGGAGGAUUCGUUAGUAGACAACGUUGCACGGCAAGUGGUAGUGGAAGUACCUUUGUUCAAGGUUUUUUGGACAGCAAGUGGAGACCGAAUAUGAGUGAAGAAGAAUGUAAAGAAGUAGUUAAAAAUGCGGUUGCACUGGCAACGUACAGGGAUGGGUCGUCGGGUGGUGUUAUACGGCUUGCUGUUAUUGAUAAGGAUGGCACUAGAAGAACGUUGAUCCGACCUGAUGGUACCGCAUUCCCGACUUUUGAAGAAAUUCCUGCGCAUUUGACCUUCCCAAAACAUAUUGUUCAGUGA